UUGAAGCGGUGUAAUCUUUGUUGAAUUGUUUCCUUAUUACUUUAUUUAUCGUAAGAUCUUGUGAAAGGAAACAAUACAGUAGUAAUAAUGUAUUAAUAUAACUUAAGUAAGACAUAAGGUUCAGUAUAUGCUUGCUAUAAAACAUACAAUUGUAUAGAUGUACGAGUUUAUUACACUUGGAAACUAAUAAACUACCAAAAUGUGGGAUAGUUCAACAUUUUUAAGUGCACUCACCCCUAAAUUCUAUGUUGCACUUACCGGCACAUCGUCUCUCAUUUCUGGACUUAUUCUAAUCUUCGAGUGGUGGUAUUUUCGGAAAUAUGGAACUUCAUUUAUUGAACAGAUGUCACUAGCACACCUAGGCCCGUGGCUGGGUGGGGCGGGUGGGGCGAGGGGCGGGGGCGGGGGCGGGGCUGAGGACGAGGGGGGUUCGGGUGGGGGCGGGUUUGCGGGCGGGGGCGGGGGCGGGGGCGAGUGCAAGGUGUGGCACAACCCGAUGGCGCUUCUGCGCGGGGCGGAGUACUCGCGGCUGUGGAAGACGGCGCGCCGCGCGCCGCUCACCUACUACGACAUGAAUCUCACAGCGCAGGAGCAUCAAGCCUGGUUCGGUCGGUGCGGGGGCGCGGAGCAGGCGGCGGAGGCGCACAUGGCGCGCGCGUGGCGCUCGCGGUCGCCGAGCACGCGGGUGGCGGAGGCGCGCGCGGCGCUGGCGGAGCGCGCGGACUGCGCGGCCGCACUGCUGCUGCUGGCGGAGGAGGACGCGCCGACGGUGCUCGAGGCGGAGCGCGUGCUGCGGCGGGCGUGGCGCGCGGGCGAGGCGGCGUGGCGCGCGCACUGCGGGGCCGGGGCCGGGGCCGGGGCAGGGGCGGGGGCAGGGGCAGGGGCCGGGGCAGGGGCCGGGGCGCGCGCACGUCGCUGCGCCGCGGUGCUCGCGCACGUGAAGCGGCGCGCGGCGAUGUGCGCGCGGCGACUGGGGCGGCUGCGGGACGCGGCGCGCAUGUUCCGGGAGCUGGCGCGCGAGGCGCCGCCCGCGCUGGCGCCGCUCGCCACGCACGAGAACCUCAUCGAGGUGCUGCUCGAGCAGCGCGCCUACGCCGACGUCCAGGCGCUGGUGGCGAGGUACGAGGAGUGCGCGACGUCGCGGUCUGCGGUGACGGUGUACACGGCGGCGUUGCUGCGCGCGCGCACCGCCGCCUGCGCCGCGCCGCCCGCGCGCACCGCCGCUGACCUCGCCGCGCUCGAGGCGAUGAGCCGCGCGGUGGAGUUCAACCCGCACGUGCCGGCGUACCUGCUGGAGCAGCGCGCGCUGUGUCUGCCGCCCGAGCACGUGGUGCGGCGCGGGGACAGCGAGGCGCUCGCCUACGCCUUCUGGCAUCUGCGUCACUGGCGCGGGGUGGAGGGCGCGCUGCGGCUGCUGGCGCACGCGGCGCAGGCGGGCGCGGCUCGCGGCGGUCGCUGCGUCGCCUGCAACGCCUGCGGCGAC